AUGGAGGCGGACGGCGCCGCCGCCGCAGCGGCUACAAAGGGGAGGGAGGCGGAGAUCAUGGAGGCCCUCCGCGCCCGCGUCCCCUUCUUCAAGAAGCAGGCCGACUCCUUGACUCUUGAAGGUGUGAGGAGAACAUUGGAGAAGGACAUGGACUUGAAGAUAAAUUCACUUGAUCCUCAUAAAAAGUUCAUUAGGCAAUGUGUAGACAAGGUGUUUUCUGGUUGUGACAAUGGGAAUACUGAUAAUGCAUCAGAGAGGGCUGAAGCUAAAGUGGAUAACUUAUCAGAAGAUGCCCAACCAAUGUCGGUCUCAAACAAAAUCUCCUCCAGUCCUGAUGAGCAGGGGGCAAGAUCCAGUAAAACCAAUAAAGACCCGGAGGGGGUGAAAAAUCACAGUUCUGGUAGUGAUAUCACCGAAGCUAUGAUAAAGAAAGCUAUUGACAAAAGGGCUUCCUAUUUUAGAGAGAACUCAGAAACUCUUACUCUACUAGGAGUUCGACGGACUUUAGAAGAAGACCUCAAACUUGAGAGGAAAGCUUUGGAUGCUUUUAAGGAUUUUAUUACGAAAGAGUUAGAUAGAGUUUUGCAAGAACCUGAAAAUGGAACAACGGAUCAUAGUAAACAGGAGGCUUGCAAGGAUGCUGGUCAGAAAACAAGUAAAGGCUCUAAAAGAGCUCGUCAAGACUUUGAUACCUCUGAACUAAAUAAUAGUCAUAGUGAGAAGGAAGACAGUGAUGAGGAUGUAAGGCCAAUAAAGAAGAAACAACAGGCAGCUCCAGCCCAUGGCAAACGAGUAGAACGUCUUAAGUCAGUAAUAAAAUCUUGUGGAAUGAGUGUGCCACCUUCUGUGUAUCGGAGGGCAAAGCAGGCGCCGGAGAGCAAGCGCGAGGCUUGUUUGAUAAAGGAGUUGGAGGAUAUGCUUGAAAAGGAAGGAUUGUCUUCACACCCUUCUGAGAAAGAAAUUAAAGCAGUGAGAAAAAGAAAGGAAAGAGCAAAGGAUCUUGAGGGCAUAGACAUGAGCAAUAUUAUUACGAGUUCUCGUAGGAGAAAUGCAUCUAGUUUUAUACCCCUGCCAGUGCCUAAAAUUGAAGCUGAUAGUGACAGCGAUGAUGAUGAUGAUGAUGAUGAUGAUGAUGAUGAUGAUGAUGAUGAUGAUGAUGAUGAUGAUGAUGAUGAUGAUGAUGAUGAUGAUGAUGAUGGUGAAGAGGAGAAUGUGGAGGGUGGAGAUAAAGGUGACGACGACGAUGCAGAAGCUGGAGAUGGAUCUGCUGAUGAUGCUGGAAACGGGAGCGAUUGA